CGAUCUGAUUUCGACCACAACAGUAGUUCCCUAACAGCGAUCUUCUAUCAAAAUGGCGCUUAAGAUGUUUGCCCUUUUUACAGCACUGUCCUGCGUCAGCGCUGGAUAUCUCGAAGCCGAUCAGCAUUUCGCCCCACUAGCUCACUAUUCAUCAGCUCCAGCUGUGAGCUACAGCUCGGUCACCCAUCAUGCAUCCCCAAGGCUGGCAGUUGCCAAAACUUAUGCCGCCUAUGCCGAACCAGCUGUCCAAUAUGCUGCUCCAAUCACCAAGUCCUACGCCGUCCAUCAGCCAUCUGUUCUCAGGACCAUCGUUGCCGAGCCAGCUUACUCUUACGAUCAUGCUGCCCCGCUGGUCUACAGCCAGAGCUUGGGAUAUCCCAAAACUCUGUCCUAUGCACCACUCGCCAAGACAAUCGUUGCCCAGCCGGCAUACACCAAGGUCGUCGCUGUAGAACCGACUUACGCCAAGUCCCUCAUCUCGGAGCCAGUGUAUGCUAAUUCUGCUCCAAUUCUUGCCGCUAAAGGCCUGAGCUAUGCCGCCCCGGCUCCCCACUAUGCCUGGUGA